CUACGCCAUGCACAAACACUUCGACAGAUCCCGUUUGAUCUUAAACGAGGAAUGUCAAUUUCACCGACUGGCACGCAAGUUGGAGCCGUCCUUAAUAAUCGUGUUAAUUGCAACAUUAAGAGCAACGGACACGGGGCAAUCAUGCAGCGCUGUUGAUGGUGUACAUCACACACAGGCGAGGAGCACUCAACAUCGCGGCAAUAGGGCUUUACAUUUCACACGAGCGAGAACCGGAGGCAGCUAUUUUGAGCCGAUAUUUCACGGUCUAGAUACAACGAAUAAAGCAGUGUGGUGACGUUAUGUGUGGAUUCGUCUCAAGUUCCUGUCCGCUGUACACAUGACCAAUGCACUAACGCCAUCAACAUGUUCUUUUCUUGUCGGAUGAUACUGCUUUUGUCUGCAGUUGAGUGCGCAGCCUCCCUCAAGUGUUGGAAAUGCAUUGCCGACAACUGUGAUGGGGACCCGGAUGCAAACUAUAAAGCCGUGAAGAUGACCUGCGCCUCUGAUCGUAGCUCUUGCAUGAAAGUGGAAUAUUCUUUGGACCAGAACCACACCGGCGUCAUCCAGAGGUCUGUGGUAAGGACAUGCUCUGCUGGGCCAUGCGUACCCGUCACGGAAAACCAGUUUUCUGAUUGCGCAAUGAAGAAGAACCACCACGUGCUUGGCUGUAUCAAACGGCAGUGUUGUGACGACAGAGAUAUGUGUAAUGGCGGACAAAGUGGCUUCAUCAAUGUAGUGAUGCUUUAUAUUCUCAUCUCUGUAAGUGUUAUUGGACAUAUACUGGAUCAUUAACGGACUGUCUCCGAGGUGACCACUCGGCCUGUCUCACUGGACCUCGACCAGCGCUAGCUGGUCUUCGUAUUGGAACUAUUUUUUUCACAUCUAUAAUCCUAAUACGCCUGUUCAAAUUGUUCCGUUUUGUUUUUUUUGUCUUCAAAUGAAUGUCUAUAGCUAAUUUCUAUUGAGCACAGAAGAAUAACGCGUCUUUUAAAACGGCCAUGGUGCCCUGCGAACUACAUUCGGCGGGAUCUGGCGUUUACAGUUUACUCACGCAAUAUAACUACGCAUUGCUACCCGAAGUAGGUAGCGGAUUAACCGAGCGGAGCCGAAUGAGGUUUAGACGUCACGAAGGAAGGCAAACUUUGCAAAACGGGUCCAAAAGAAUACCAAUUGUGACAAGAACAGUAUAACAUUUAAUGUGUCCGACAAAAAGAAGAAGAAAGGUCUUGUGAAAGGAGUCUGCUAUAUGUGUGUGGAUAUAUGUGUUGGAACAGUGCUCAAUGCGUGAAGCGUGUAUAUAUUCUUGGUGUGACCAUUGUGUACUGAUCAUAGUUUCACAGAUCUCUUAAUUUAUUGAUGUUCCUGUAUUACAAUAGGGGUCCGGACCAUUCGUCACCACUCGCCCCUUUCCGUAACCUGCAAGAAGACUCGUCCCCCCAACGAUGGAUGUUAUGUGCGAAAAUACGACAAACCAAUCAGAAUGCGCGUAUGAUUUCAAGUUGUUCAUCAAA